AUGCGUUUCUGCCUCGACACCCGCCGUCAUGCAUCGACUGGUACCCCCGCUACUCGGCAUCUUUCUCCUGGAGAGUCUCUGGCUGUGAAUCUGCCGCGCGUUGCGGUUGGUCUUGGGCUCGCUCUCGCUGGCUCCAUCGUAUACUAUCGCUUCUCCGGUCCGACAGUACAACUGGAGAGCGCCGAGCCAGCAGGCAAGGUCAAGCACAAGGUCGUGACUGAUAAUGUCCUACCGGGGUCACUGGAACAUGGAACGCCGAAAUAUGCAUCUCAUGAGGAACUGCAGCAGGCCAUCAAGGAGCUCCAGGAUGCUCUGCACGACCCUGAGGCGACGAAUGUAGACCCCAAGGUCCUCAAAACCUAUGGCUCUUCGGAGAACUCGUAUCACCCUGCCUCUCCACACUCUGUCAUUGUCCGUCCAGAGAGCACAGACGACGUUGUCUCCAUCGUGAACAUUGCGCGGAAGUACAGGGUACCCAUCGUCCCGUAUAGCGGGGCGACCAGCCUCGAAGGCCACACCUCAGGAUAUCCUUCUGGUAGCAUCUGCCUGGACAUGUCUGACAUGAACAAGAUACUGGAGAUCCAUGAGGCCGACAGCGACCUUGUCUGUCAAUCCGGCGUCCGAUGGGAAGACAUCAACUCCACACUCAAAGAGAAGGGUAUCCCCUUGUUCUUUCCCCUCGACCCUGGCCCUGGCGCUACAAUUGGUGGUAUGAUCGGCACUGGUUGCUCUGGUACUAAUGCCGUGCGCUAUGGCACUGCUAGGGGAGAGUGGUUCCUCAAUGUCACUGUCGUCUUGCCCAACGGCAAGGUCAUCAAGACCCGUCGGCGUGCACGGAAGUCCUCCGCAGGUAUCGACAUGACGAAACUGUUCAUUGGCGCGGAAGGUACUUUGGGCAUCGUCACGGAGGCGACGCUGCGGCUUGCGCCAGUAAUACCGACGAAGGUCGCUAUGGCCCAGUUCCCAACGGUCGAGAAUGCUGUCAGCGCAGUGCAGGAAAUCUUGAACACGCCCUCUGGCCCACACAUACAAUGCGUCGAACUCAUGGACAAUAGAAUGAUGGCGGCGACUAACGAUGCCGGACUUGUAUCGAAGCCAUACCCUGUCCGUGACACGCUGUUCUUCAAGAUUCAGGGGGACCCCGCGGCCAUUGAAAGCACCGCGGAGACAGUCCAGCGAAUCGUGGCCCAGCAUGGCGCCUCCGCCUUCGAGUUCGCCAGCACCGACGAGGAGGCUGAGGAGCUUUGGGACAAUCGGAAAUAUGCUCUCACUAGUACCAUCCAGAGCGAAGAGGGCGCGAGGGUCUGGACCACGGACGUCUGCGUCCCUGUUUCGCGUCUUCCGGAGCUUGUAUAUGAAACGAAGAAGGAUCUUUUAGCUUCGAAGCUGAGAGCCACAAUCGUCGGUCAUGUCGGAGAUGCAGGCAACUUUCAUGCACUGAUUAAGUUCAAGGAUGACAACGAGCUGGAGGCCGUCAGUGACGCUGUACACCGUAUGGUGCACCGAGCCAUUGCUUUUGACGGAACAUGCACUGGCGAGCACGGGGUUGGGGUAGGGAAGAAAGAGUACCUUGUGGAUGAGUUGGGGGCCGACACCGUGGAGCUAAUGAACACGAUAAAGCGUGCUAUCGAUCCUCUGAACAUCAUGAACCCUGGCAAGGUGAGGGCCACUGAAAAAUAG